UGCAUCAGCCCAUCAAUCAACCCCAUCUCUAGUUGAUUAACUGGCUGUGAAGCCAUUUGGGUAUCUGAAACCAACAGCCUUACAGUACUAGGGAUGACGAUAGAUAAUGGGCAAUGUCCAAUCAGAAACAUCACAAGAAUCAGAGUCUGCCAAAGACGGGGAGGAGAAGACUAAUCCGGACAGGAGCAAGCCACCGGAUCGGGGCCCGAAGAGCAGCAAGCAUGAACUGGAGAGCCAGGGUCACGGCCCUCCAAUCCUCGAAGCCCAAACUGCCAGCCAGCCGCUGAACAGUGAGCCGGGGGGAGGAGACAGGCAGGUGGGAGCUCCCGAGAUGGGGAAGAAUCAUUCGAAGAAGUCCAAACUCAAGCUCUCCUCCAUGUGGGCCCAGAACUCGGCCAGUGGCGGGAUUAAGGAGGCCAGCCUCUGCGAUAAGGACCCAUUGAUGGAGAAGCGGGGGCUGGCUUGCCUCAGCAGGGCUGACCUCCAGAGCAGGCAGGUGACCUUCCUCCAAGAGGAUCAGCCCAAGGAGCUCAAGGUGGUCCUCGGGCCUCCGCAGGCGGCCGCCACCGAUCCACGGGACUUGAGCGUCAAGAGAGCACCGGCUAAAGGGAAGAGCAGGCUGGACAGCGCCCACCUGGACCAGAACAUGGUGGGGCCGCAGCAGCAGCAGCAGCAGCAUCUGGAGAAGGUCGUCGAGCUGGGCCACGUGGCCGGGGUGCCCAAGGAGGGGAUGGCAACGGAGAUCUUUUCGACCCAGCACGCCCGAACGAGCGCAAAGGAGUCUUUGGAGAAGGAGGGCCAUCCGUCCGAGGCUCUGCCUUCAGCCAAGAAGCAGCCGCUGGGUGCUUCGUGUGGCGCAGAGCCUUCUAAGAUGACGGAGGAAGCCGUGGCAGGCCCUCGAACCCUCAACGAGAGAAGCGCAAGCGGGCCGGCUCCUUCCGGUUGCCCGGCUCUCUCGGGAGGGAAGAAGACUCUCCUGUCGUGGGGAGCUGGCCAGGAGGAGAAAGAGCCGGCCGGUCAACGGGACAGCACCCCUGGGUGCGACGGGGACUCCCGGGGGUUGGCUUUCCCGCCUUCCAGCCCGCCCGUGGAACCGCCAAAGCCCUUGACCAUCCCGGAGGGAAAGCCUCAAGCCCCUGAAAGUGAAGGGAAAGCAGGGGCGAAGGACGAGGCUCCGGGCGCGGAGGUGGUCAGCUCGGUGACGAUGCAGGAGCUCAUGGAGAAAGGCCUCCACUUUCUGUACAAGGUGACCAUCCAGCCGGGGCAGUGGCCCUCCAGCCUCAAGUCGGCCAAGCAGAAACCCAGCGUCCUGACGCCUGGCAUCUCCUAUGCCGACAUCCUGAAGCAGAGCCCCCAGAAAAAGCCUUCCGCCAGUGCCCCUGUCUUGCCCAAAGCCUUGCACCAUCUCGCCUCUCCGAGCAAGAAGCUCCCGACCUUCAAAGGGCUGGAAAAGGACAAUCCCGAAGACUUCUCCUCCCUCUGCCAGUUGUUCCCCGAGCACUUCAAGGAGGCCGCCCCGAAAGGGCCUGCCCCGCAGGCGCCCAGCCAGCAAGUGGUGACGUUUCUCGAGGAGCUCUCCGCCGGCAACCCCAAAGGGACCGAGUGGCAGAGGCCUCGGCCGCCGACGCCGUACCCUCAGCGCCGCAAAGGGCAGGGCCGAAAGCUGCCCAGGUUCGGCACGGCCGUCUCUCAGGUCGUCGCCUUCCUCGGAAGCAACCCCAAAGGCGAUUGGUUGGUGCAGGAUGAGGGCCAGAUGCCGCCGAACGAGGCCACCACGGCGGCGGUGGCCAAGGAGGAAGAGGGUCCGGGCUGCCCCAGAUCCCCUGGCGGCACCGCCAAAGCGGCCAAAGAGGUGGGCUUCUUUCAGCCGAUCUCGUCCCUGUUUUCGGAGGGAAUCCCCAUGGAAAUUGACGACCCUCCUCUAAGACCCCAGAGGAGACCUCCGGGCCCGGACAAGGGAGCCAAAGAAACGAUUCCUGUCAAGGUGGCCCUGUGUAAUGCUUCUCGCGCCAAGGUGUCCCCGCUGGUGGCAACACACUCGUUCCAAAAGGAAGAACCAAUCCCUCCAGCCCUUCCGCUUCGCCCAACACAGCGCUCUCCGAGGGAGACGCAGGGUGUGCCCAGCCUGGCCUCGGCGGCACCGCCGUGCGUCCCCGCCGGACUGGUUCCCGAUCCGAAGGCCGCCCCCGCCGCCACUCAGGCGAGGCCCAAGCUCGUCCGGAAACAAGGGCCUGGCGCGACGAAAUCGAAAGAGAAGCUCAAAACAUCGGGACCGUCCAAAUCGAAAGCCCCUAAGGGGAAGGGGCACAAGCAGUGGCCUCGAGGCUACGGGAUGACCCCCGCCCUGCGGCUAGAGGGGCCCCCUCUCUUCCCGCCUUUUGAGAAAGUCGCAAGACCUUUUUAUUUUGGCGAACCUUUGGAAACGCCUCUUGCUCUGGACAAACCGGCCACCGUCGAUGUGGGAACCUCCACCCAGGCCAGUCCCGAAGAAGACGGAGAGGCCGAAGGAUCUGACGGGCACCACUGGCCGGCUUUCCAAGUGUCCGAGUCAUGUCCCAUGAGGUGCUACUGCAAGCAUCAGGCUCCGAGGAAGCUGCCUAAGAACGUUGUAGCUUGGCUGAACCCCUCCACCAACCACCUGGCAGAACCGCCCUGGGUUGCCACUGCCAUGCUGGCCGUCUCACUGGUCGCCGGGACCAAGUUCUACUUAGACUCUUACAAACAGGAACACGUUUCCAGUGAGGACUGAAUCUCCCCCCUUCCCCGGGGGUUCUCGGUAAUAAAACUUGCGCCCUGUGGCUCCGUGCAGUCAGCCUUACUGGGGAUGUUAAAACAGGUGGCGAGAUCUUAAGUUUUAGAAAGUGGACGGUAAGAUAUUGGUUGGCAGUUCAUUUUCAACAGAGCAAUACUGAAGGCUGAGUGAUGCUGUCUCAUCCCACUGACUGACAGACAAGGAGUUCUUUUAACCCAUAAAGCAGAGCUCUCUAGGCACUUAACCGUUUCCCAGUCACUGUUUGUGGGCCUCCAAUAUCUGGCUCUCAAAGAAGUCCACCAGGACUGAAGGUGGAAGCGUCCUCCUUCGUGUUCACACUUGGUAAGGCAAGAGAUCCAGCUCAGAGGCAACGUCCAGGCCCCGUUUGACCACUAAAAGCUGCAGUUAGCUCAAAAUGGAAGUAGAUACCUCUAUCCUCCUUGUGUUUGGGAAACAGGACAAUAUAUACAUAUACAUAGCAAUCUGGCCUUACAGCUGAGUCGUGUCCCAUUCUGGUACCUUCAGGAUUGGCUUAAGACGGCUAGGAAAACUAUAUUUAUAGAAGAGCAUGUUUUUGUUUAUUGAACCAGUCAUCCCUUUAAGUGACUUUGCACAAAACCAACAGCCGCACGGUACCCAAAUAAAAACAAAACAAAACAAAA